CUACGAGGCGCCACGCCUGAAUUUACACGUGCUCUCAACGCCCGCAAAAUUAUGAGCAGCAUGAUUCUGACCAUGGAGAACCCUGACGAGCAAUCAUAUUGUAUAUGGCAUCCGGAGGUGGCAGAGCAGAAGACAUACCGCGAACGGGCGCUGAAGUACCCGGCUAUGAAAUACCAGGUCGGACAAGCUUGCGCUAUGGUAGGCUGUGUCAACCUCUACUAA